AGACAUGGCAGUGGCGGUCGCACAGUCGGGCGACGUGUCUGGCAACUCCGUAACCUCUGUCGGUGACCAGCGAGCGGAGCGGCUGCUUCAUUAGUGUUCGUACCCACGAGGCGGCGCAGCGGGUCCUCCGAGAGGGCGAGCGUCGCGGCCAUGGCUUAUCAUUCGGGCUACGGAGCUCACGGCUCCAAGCACAGGGCCCGGGCAGCUCCGGAUCCCCCUCCCCUCUUCGAUGACACAAGCGGUGGUUACUCCAGCCAGCCAGGGGGAUACCCAGCCCCAGGAGCCGACGUGGCCUUCAAUGUCAACCACUUGCUCGGAGACCCAAUGGCCAACAUGGCUAUGGCCUACGGCAGCUCCAUCGCGUCCCACGGGAAGGACAUGGUGCACAAGGAGCUGCACCGUUUCGUGUCUGUGAACAAGCUCAAGUAUUUCUUCGCUGUGGACACAGCCUACGUGGCCAAGAAGCUAGGGCUCCUGGUCUUCCCCUACACACACCAGAACUGGGAAGUGCAGUACAGUCGUGACGUCCCUCUGCCCCCACGACAAGACCUCAAUGCCCCUGACCUCUAUAUUCCCACAAUGGCCUUCAUCACCUACGUGUUGCUGGCCGGGAUGGCGCUGGGCAUUCAGAAAAGGUUCUCCCCGGAGGUGCUGGGCCUGUGCGCAAGCACAGCGCUGGUGUGGGUUGUGCUGGAGGUGCUCGCUCUGCUCCUGGGCGUCUACCUGGCCACUGUGCGCAGCGACCUGAGCACCUUCCACCUGCUGGCCUACAGCGGCUACAAAUACGUCGGGAUGAUCCUCAGCGUGCUCACGGGGCUGCUCUUCGGCAGUGACGGCUACUACGUGGCGCUGGCCUGGACGUCGUCCGCACUCAUGUACUUCAUCGUGCGCUCUUUGCGAACGGCGACCCUGGGGCCCGACAGCAUGGGGGGCCCGGCCCCUCGGCAGCACCUCCAGCUCUACCUGACCCUGGGGGCGGCAGCCUUCCAGCCCCUCAUCAUAUACUGGCUGACCUUCCACCUGGUCCGGUGACCCCUGGCCCCCACUGGCGCCGACUUUUCCAUACAUUGAAGAUUUGAUUUCUUUGA